AUGGACUACCUUAAUGGUAUGGGAUACAGAUUCCAUCCCACUGAAGAUGAAAUCAUCUACCAUUUUCUUGAAAGAAAGAUGAGGGAUGGGACUGAUUUCUCUGUAGUUAUUAAGGAAGUCGAUAUUUGCAAUUUUGAACCUGGUCAAUUGCCUGGGCAUUCACCAUUACCCUCGGAUGAUCAAGAGUGGUACUUCUUCAGUCCAAUUGCUUAUAAGUAUGCGAAGAGUAAACGGAUAGAAAGAACAACUAAGGGUGGAUAUUGGAAAGUCACUGGUAAAGAUCGUGAAAUCUAUGACGAUGACAAUGGACGACUCAUUGGUAAAAGAAAAACUUUGGUUUUCUACCAGGGUCAUGGUUCCAGUGCCGUCAAGACAAAUUGGGUAAUGCAUGAAUAUCAUUCCGAGACAGCUUGUAUUUAUCAGGCAUAUAUCUGUCCACCUUUCUUAUUUACUAUGUCGUUUUAA